AUGAAUGAAUCAAAUAAAAAUAUAUCAAUAACACGUUCGUAUUUAAAAUCGAAAAUUUUAAACGAUUCUACAUUGAUUGGUUAUGAAAACGAAACGAAUCAAAUACAAAAAUUAAUUGAAAGGACCAUAGAGAAUGGUGAAUCAAAUUCGGUGUUGUUAAUAGGGCCAAGAUGUUCAGGAAAAACCACUUUAUUGAGAAAUGUAUUAAAUAAUUUAAAUAAGAAAAAAUUGUUACGGACGAAUUCAGUGUUUGUGGAACUUCACGGUUUAGUCCAUACAGAUGAUCGCUUAGCUUUAAAAGAAAUGACAAGUCAAAUGGAUUUGGAUAAUGCAGUUGAUGGAAAAGUUUUUGGAAGUUUCGCUGCCGGAACAAUAAAAGAUUUUGAAGAUAAAUUAGCAGAAUUUGAAAAAGAUGAAAUACUCGAAAUGUUAAAUGACGUCACAGUUUUAGAACUUUGUUUAUUAAUCGCUAUGAAACAUCAUUGUGAUAUAUACGAUAAUCAAUUGAUGAAUUUUGAAAUGAUUUAUACAAGAUAUGUUAAGUUUGUAAAUGCUAAUUCUAACAUUCAAACCGUUCAAAGAGCUGUUGUUAUGAAAGCUUUUGAACAUAUUCAGAAUAUGGAGUUAAUUGUGUCUGUUUCUCAAGGAACUAAGCUUCAAAAGGAAUAUCAAAUGUUUAAAUUGUUAUUAUCGCCUCAACAAAUUUUGGAAUUUGUUAAAAAAUCAUCAGCUAGUAUUCCUACAGAAGUUGUACAAUGGGCUAAUAGCUCAAUAGUUUAAUAAAUAAAAAAAAUAGAAUGAUAUUUUUAUAUGAUAAA